UACCCUCACAACCCCUUUAAAGCACCACUCACUUUCAUGCUCUGUUUCUUCAUCAAACAAUAGAGCAUGGAAAAACUCACCAUUUGUCUUCUCCUCUUCGCCUUUUCCCUUUCCCUUUUCUCCUCCAUUGCAGAUGCUGGUUCAAUUGGGAUAAACUAUGGCCGUGUAGCUAACAACUUACCAUCAGCAGUGAAAGUUAUAGCGUUGUUGAAAUCUCAAGGCGUUGAGCGUGUGAAGGUCUACGAUACUGACCCAGCUGUGCUCAAAGCUCUUUCUGGAUCCGACAUUAAGGUUACUGUAAAUCUGCCUAAUGAGCUUCUCUACAAUGCCGCUAAACGGCCAUCUUUUGCUUACUCAUGGGUGGAGAAAAAUGUUGCUGCUUAUUACCCAUCAACUCAAAUCGAAUCCAUUGCUGUUGGAAAUGAAGUUUUUGUUGACCCACAUAACACGACCCGUUUUCUUGUAUCCGCCAUGAAGAAUGUACAUCAAGCUCUUGUUAAGUUUAAUUUCCAUGACAAAAUCAAAAUCUCUUCUCCUGUUGCUCUUAGUGCUUUGCAGAACUCUUACCCUUCUUCAGCUGGGUCGUUCCGAUCCGAAUUGGUCGAACCUGUGAUUAAACCCAUGCUGGAUUUCCUCCGGCAAACGGGAUCUUAUCUAAUGGUGAACUGUUAUCCCUUUUUUGCUUAUGAGUCGAAUUCCGAUGUUAUUUCUCUUGAUUAUGCUCUGUUCCGUGAAAACCCCGGCGUUGUUGACGCCGGUAACGGACUUCGUUACUUCAGCCUGUUUGAUGCCCAAAUCGAUGCUGUUUUUGCUGCAUUGUCGGCUUUGAAGUACAACGAUAUCAAAAUGGUUGUAACGGAAACUGGCUGGCCAUCUAAAGGAGACGACACCGAAAUCGGCGCUACCGUCGACAACGCCGCGUCGUACAACGGAAACCUCGUCCGGCGGAUACUCCUCGGUGGUGGAACCCCCUUAAGACCUAAAGAAGACCUCACCGUCUUCCUCUUCGCUCUUUUCAACGAGAACAGAAAGCCGGGUCCAACUUCCGAGAGAAACUUCGGGUUGUUCUACCCGAAUGAGCGAAAAGUUUACAACAUACCAUUAACAAUGGAAGGUUUAAAGCAUUACGUCGACCGGCGGUCACCGGUGGCCGGCGACCAGAGAACGCAGAAAGGCGGGAAGGUGAAUGUGUCAGGGCAAACAUGGUGCGUAGCGAGUGGAGAAGCGGAGAAGGAUCACCUACAAGCAGCUCUAGAUUAUGCUUGUGGUGAGGGUGGAGCUGAUUGCCGUUCGAUUCAACCAGGAUCCACGUGUUACAAUCCUAACACGUUAGAGGCUCAUGCGUCGUUCGCUUUCAAUAGUUAUUAUCAGAAAAAUGGUCGUGCGAUGGGUUCGUGUUAUUUUGGUGGGGCCGCUUUCAUUGUUCAUCAACAACCUAAGUAUGGACACUGUGAAUUACCAACUGAAGAAUGAUAAAGGAAUGGGAUAGACUGAAUUUUGAUAGCAGCAGCUAGCUCUAAUUUAUUGUAGUAGCUACUUUUAUUUCAGACUUCAGACUAUUCUUUUUUAUUUUUUGGGAACUUUAGUAUCUCCAUUAGUUGGUGUUGACAUCAUCUUUACUAGCUACUAGUAAAUGUUGCUAUAUUUUCCCUUUUCUGUUUAUAUGCUAUUUUAAUUCUAAUGCUUUAUGUGAAAAAUCAUUAUUUUAUAUGGA